AUGGCUCCGAAAGUCUGUAGCUCACCCUUCCUCAAGCCGUUCUUCCUGAAGACGCCCAUCGGUGUGUCCAGCCCCAGACGGCAGCGACGGCACACACUACCUGCCAGCGAGUUCCGCAACCUGACCCCUCAAGAUGCCAUCAGUGUGUUUGAGAUUGAGAGAGAAGCGUUUGUGUCUGUGUCCGGCGAGUGUCCACUCACUCUGGACGAGGUGCUCGUAUUCCUUAGCCAGUGUCCGGAGCUCUCGCUCGGCUGGUUCGAGGAGGGACAGCUCGUGGCCUUCAUCAUCGGUUCAGGCUGGGGCAAGGAGAAGCUCGCUCAGGAGGCCAUGACCACUCAUGUCCCCGAUAGUCCGACCGUCCACAUCCACGUGCUGUCCGUGCACCGCCACUGCCGGCAGCAGGGCAAGGGCUCCGUGCUGCUGUGGCGCUACCUGCAGUACCUCCGCUGUCUGCCUGGCCUGCACCGGGCACUGCUCAUCUGCGAGGAGUUCCUGGUGCCCUUCUACCUCAAGGCCGGCUUCAAGGACAAGGGCACGUCGGCCAUCGCUGUUGGGACCCUCUCCUUCCGCGAGAUGGAGUACCAGCUGAGAGGCCUGGCCUACGCGCGGCGGAACAGCGGCUGCUGA